UCUGCCCUAUUAAACUCACGUCGUUUAUAGUUUGGCCGCUGGCUUUUCAGGAGCUGAGAGUAGCUUCGCAUCCCGAACUUUCCCAAUGGUUUCGGUGACCAGAAACGUGUUUGGAGAGCUGCCCCUGGGGGGAGGGACGGUGGAGAAGUUCCAGCUGCAGUCAGACCAGCUGAGAGUGGAUAUCAUCUCCUGGGGCUGCACGAUCACAGCUCUGGAGGUCAAAGACAGGCAGGGGAAAGCCUCAGACGUGGUGCUCGGCUUUGCCGAGUUGGAAGGGUACCUCCAAAAGCAGCCCUAUUUUGGAGCAGUGGUGGGAAGAGUGGCCAACCGAAUCGCCAAAGGGACAUUCACCCUGGACGGGAAGAAGUAUCAGCUGCCCAUUAACAGGGAGCCCAACAGCCUGCAUGGAGGACUCAGGGGGUUUGAUAAGGUCCUCUGGACGCCUCAAGUGCUGUCAAAUGGUGUCGAGUUUUCCCGGGUCAGUCCAGAUGGCGAAGAAGGCUACCCCGGGGAGCUGAAGGUCUGGGUGACGUACACCCUGGAUGGUGGGGAGCUCGUGGUCAACUACAGAGCGCAGGCCAGUCGGGCCACACCGGUUAAUCUGACGAACCAUUCUUAUUUCAACCUGGCAGGCCAGGGCUCUCCAAACAUAUAUGACCAUGAAGUCACCAUAGAAGCAGAUACUUUUUUACCAGUGGAUGAAACUCUGAUUCCUACAGGUGACAUCGCUCCAGUGCAAGGUACUGCAUUUGACCUUCGAAAGCCGGUGGUGCUGGGCACACAUCUACAGGACUUUCACAUUGAUGGUUUCGACCACAAUUUCUGCCUGAAGAGGUCUAAAGAAAAGCAUUUUUGUGCACGGGUGUACCAUGGUGGCAGCGGGCGGGUUCUGGAAGUGUACACCACCCAGCCAGGCGUCCAGUUUUACACGGGCAACUUCCUGGAUGGUACCCUGAAGGGCAAAGGCGGAGCGGUCUAUCCCAAGCACUCUGGUUUCUGCCUCGAGACCCAGAACUGGCCCGACGCAGUCAACCAGCCCCACUUCCCUCCUGUGCUGCUGCGGCCUGGCGAGGAGUACGACCACACCACCUGGUUCAAGUUUUCUGUGGCUUAAGGAAGUGUGAAGAGGAAGAGUGAAGACUUAGCAGCGUGAAAAGUGAUUCUGUGUCCGAAAUUGUACAGAUGGUAGCUGUCCUGAUAAUAGUCUGAAUGUUGAUUUCUUUUUCGAGUGACUAGCAGUAGGCCACGUCCAGCGACAAGCUCUAUUAUCUGUGUAGCUCAAAGGGCCAGUGAACUCGGCCACCAGUGUCACAGCCCACAACCCAGCCCCAGCCCAGAAGUGGUUCCUUAGGGCUCUCAUGCCACUGUAGGACCAUCUCUCUGCACUGCCUCAUUUUUUCUUUCUCUCCUUCCUUUCUUUGACACGACUUUCUCAGUGCUUUUGGUCUCCUCUCCUGUAGCUCUCCAGGCCUCUGAGGUCUUCUUACCUUGCUCAGCAUGUCCACAGAGAAAGAUUGUGCCUCUGUGAAGCAGCAGGCGGCUGACCGGUAAGAGGCGAGACUCAAGAGGUUGAAUGACUCACAACCAGCUAAUGAAAGUCUUAGCCAGGACUUCAGCUCAGGCCACACAAAUUCAAGUCCUCCUCUUUGCCUCUGCCUUCAACGGCGGGAGCAUUCCCGGGGUCACGGAAGGGCAUGAAGGGAUCUGGCCCCUGUGCUGUGUUUACAGCCAGCUGAUCCGCUCACGUCCACUUUCAUAAUCAGCAUUAGGACCAAGUGUCCCUUAGCAGUCUGUCAUGUGGCGUCCUUACCUUUGAUGUUGACUGAGAAAGUCCAGGCCAGUCAAGGCAUGAAGGCACUGGAGCCGAGUAUUCGGGGAACAGGAUUGAGUUAGGUAGAGGAGGCUGGAGGCUCCCUUUCUUCUAGACAAACAAAUCAACAAUGAUGGGUUUGAAGGCUGUGGUUUUUAAAGAAAUGUAUUUUAUAUUAUUAAUCUACUAAAAUCAGUUGCAAUAAAACCAAAACCCUACCUCUUCAGAA